AUAUUUGGGAGGGGGCAGCUUUCUGGCUUCUUUGUCCUUUUCUGAUAUAUAUUGUCUAAUUAUGUAGCUCAUUAGUAUUCAUGACUCUAUUCCCCCCCAAAAUUGUCAAAAUCAAACAAGAGUCUUAAAUUUAAAAAAAAAAACCCACAAGACUUGUUUUUAAUUAUUUGAGUCAGGGUCUCACUGUAUAGCUUUGGCUAGAUUAGAGCUUGCUAUGUAGACCAGGUUGGGCUUGAACUCAUGGAAAUCUGCCUGCUUCAGUUUCUGCUUCUGCCUCCCAAGUGCUGAGAUUAAAGCCAUGCGCCACAUCCAAGUUGCUGCAAGCAGGGAACAAGAAUUACUUUACAGCUUCCAUCCAACAUUAGUUUUCUGUGCUCAGGGCUGAAUAAAUUACGUGGGCAUCACAAAGUAACUACUCAGUAAUACCAAUUUAUGUGUCUCCACCAGUGUCUCCUUGCAUUCCACAAGUUUUCAGUAAUUAUUAGAGGUCAGAAGUAAAGGAGGACAUAGGGAUAGAGGGAUUAAUCCAGCCUUUGUCUGAGCAGCCUUUUCUCUAUAGUAUUUUGGUGGGGGGCGGGGGACGGAGAAGAAAACCCUUCAGAAAUCAGAGCUAUUCUGGAAAGAUUCAUCAUUAAAGGGAGACAAUGAAGAUGGAAAUCACCCAUAGCAGCCAGAGGGUAGCUUUUUGGUGACUCCCUUGCCAGCAGCUUUUACUGCAUCCACAGAUCCAGACAACAGAUAAUUAGAAUUCAGGGGGAGGAGGAACUCGAAGAAUCUUGUAAACUUGUUCCUGAAAGUUUAUCAGUCCUGGGUUUGGACCACAGGGACACCAGUUCUACAAUCCCACCGCCCUGCGUCCUCAGCUCAUGUCCCUGUCAAGUACUAAACAAAGCCCAAAUCACAUCAAAAAGCAUCUUUAUCCACCCCAAGCUCCUCCACCAAGGCCAAGAAGGUCCCACAUUGGACAAAGUUCUUUGGGUGGGAAGGAUGACUGAAUUGUUCCCAUACUGCCUUUUCCUUGCUUCCAGAACCUCUCUGCAUGGAGCUGUCACCCGGAUGGCAAGUUGUCAUUGCAGAGUAACAAUGUCCUUGAAGAAAACAAUGACUGAUCUAUACCUGCAACUCAUGUGACCUUUUCCCAAGCAGAACUCCCAACAGAGAGCCCUGCUCCCUCUGGCCACGCCCACCGUGAGUCUCUGAGCUUUAACAAGUCAAGAGCUACAUCCCAAACCCUUCUGAAACCUGAUUUUUGGAUGCAGUUUAAAGGAGAAAUCUCUUGGCACUGAGGAUUUCCAUCACAGCGUUUAUCAAUUGUAAGUGAUACCUUUUGGACUGUGAGUCUCUUGCAGGUAGAAGUCACAUCCACAGGACCCAGCAGUGUACCAGGCACACAGUGGGUGGUCAACCAACUUUUGUGUGAACCCUAGACUUGUGAUUCCUUCAAAUACAACAUUCAUUUAGAUAACUGUCCACGUCUAGCCUGUAAUGUGUAAAUAAAUGUUUACAUUCAUAGACACAGAGGCCCUCUAGAUUAGCAUUACAAACUUUAACCCAGGGGCGGUGGUCUCUCUUUGCUUUGAGAACGCACCAAAUUCAUCCCGUGAAUGCAGGCUGGAUACAGAGUAUGCCCAGAGGAUACCAGGUACCCCUGAUGCAUCGACUCUCAUGAUUGCAGGAGGGGAUUUCAUUCUAGAGAAACGAACAGAGACUGGACAUGCACAGCAGUCCUUUAGUUUUUCCCACAACCAGGAGAACCACAUGGGGAGCUCCGGUAUUCUUCGACCUCUGAGGCCGCCCUGUGACAGGCACAUCGGAUCUACUGAAACACCUCUAAAACUUGGCACACUAGCAGAGGCAGGCCACAGGCCACCCUCUGCCUUCUCUGCUUCCUGAUCAGCUCAAUGACAUUCUGCAAAGAACAACUCACUUAACUGGAAGCGACUUUCACCAGCGUGUGCCCUGUGGUCUGGCGGGUCCUCACUCUUGAAAUCAGAGGGCCAAACCGGUUCUUCCUUGACUCCAAGUGUGCUUUUCUUCCUUUCCCAAGUCAGCGUUUCUAUCUGACACAGUUAGGCAGGGUGUUCCUGCAAGGGACCUGGACAAGGGCUGAGUCCUAAGUGCUAAAAUACAUGGCCAGGGGCACCCAGCUAUUUUCUUCAAUACUAAAGGAUGGACGACUUGUCUGCUCUGGCUGGAGAAAGUGAGAAUGCACCACCUUCCCCCUUUUAAAAUCCAAAGCCCAGACUUCCCUUGGGGGCGAGUCCUCUACCUGGCCCCCUCAACUGGAAGGAAAGAGGAAGUAUUUUCGUUGGUCCCAGGCUCUCCAGGGACGCCGCCCAGCUAGCACCCACGGAUCCGAGCCCAGGAUGUGCAGCCAGACCCAGGGCGGCCCCGCCCCUACACGAACUUGACCGCACCCUCUUUCCCGGCGCGGCCAGGCCUGACGUCACAAGGCACCCAGCCGCCAGCACCCCGCGGUGCGCACCCUGCGCCCCGACCGGUCCCCCGUUGUCUCCGCUGCUCUCCCGACGCUCACCGCCAGGCGCGCGCGCGCGCGUGCCCGCCCACCCGCCCGCCCGCCUCCCUCCCUGUCCCCGUCCCCAUCCCCGUCCCCGCCAGCAAAACACCGCUGAAGAUGGCGAGCCCGGCGCCCGAGGAGCACGCCACACAAGGAUGCCCGGCUACCGAGGAGCAGCCGCCGCGGCCUGGAGUUCCCGGAGAGGAAGCAGGGCCAGAGGGCGCGGGGCCGCAGGUGGAGGAGGCCGCCGGGAGGGUGGCCGCCGCCCUGACCUGGCUGCUCGGGGAACCCGUGCUGUGGCUGGGCUGGCGCGCAGACGAGCUCCUGAGCUGGAAGAGGCCGCUGCGCAGCCUGCUCACCUUCCUGGGUGCCAACCUGCUGUUCUGGUUCCUUGCCUUGACUCCUUGGAGAGUGUAUCACCUCAUUUCCGUCAUGAUUCUUGGGCGUGUUAUCAUGCAGAUCAUCAAGGAAAUGGUUUUGUCCAGGACAAGAGGUGCCCAGCUGUGGAGAAGCCUCACUGAAAGCUGGGAAGUCAUCAAUUCCAAGCCAGAUGAAAGAGCCAGACUGAGCCAGUGCAUUGCAGAAUCAUGGAUGAAUUUCAGCAUGUUUCUUCAAGAAAUGUCUCUUUUUAAACAGCAGAGUCCUGGCAAGUUUUGCCUCCUGGUCUGCAGUGUGUGCACAUUUUUUACAAUCUUGGGAAGUUACAUUCCUGGGGUCAUACUCAGCUACCUUCUGUUACUGUUUGCUUUUUUGUGUCCACUGUUUAAAUGUAAUGAUAUUGGACAAAAAAUAUACAGCAAAGUCAAGUCCAUUCUAUUAAAACUAGAUUUUGGAAUUGGAGAAUAUAUUAACCAGAAGAAACAAGCAGAUAAAGAAAAAAGUCACAAGGAUGACAGUGAAUUAGACUUUUCAGCUCUUUGUCCUAAGAUUAGCCUCACAGUUGCUGCCAAAGAGUUAUCUGUGUCAGACACAGAUGUGUCAGAAGUCUCUUGGACUGACAAUGGGACCUUCAACCUUUCAGAGGGGUACACUCCGCAGACAGACACUUCUGACGAUCUUGACCGGCCCAGUGAGGAAGUUUUCUCUCGAGAUCUUUCAGAUUUUCCAUCUCUGGAAAAUGGGACGGGAACAAAUGAUGAAGAUGAAUUAAGCCUGGGCUUACCCACAGAGCUCAAGAGAAAGAAGCAGCAGUUGGAUAGUGCUCACAGACCAAGCAAAGAACGGCAGUCGGCAGCUGGCCUCUCACUUCCUCUCAAGAGCGACCAAGCCCUUCACUUGAUGAGCAACCUGGCUGGGGAUGUCAUCACAGCCGCCAUGACGGCUGCCAUCAAAGACCAGCUAGAAGGAGCCCGGCAGGCACUCACUCAGGUGGCGCCCACUGCGGGAGAGGACACAGACACUGAGGAGGGGGAUGACUUUGAACUACUUGACCAGGCAGAGCUAGAUCAAAUUGAGAGUGAGCUGGGACUAACACAAGACCAAGGGGCAGAAGCCCAGCAAAGUAAGAAAUCCUCAGGCUUCCUCUCCAAUCUGCUUGGAGGCCAUUAACCGGGAAUCACCUGGCAGCCAGCGAAGCACAGAUAAACCACCCAAAAAGUUCAAACAAGCAGGGGGAAAAAAUGGAAAAAAAAUGGAAUUGUAAGCUUUAAUUACUUUAGUUUUUUUUUCUUUUGUUUUGUUUUCUUUUCCCUUCUAUAGUGAGUUGGAUGUGUAUCAGUUGAUAAUGAUAGACUGACAUUUCUGAUAGUUAUUUUUCUGUAAUAAGCAUGGAAAUGAACUUUAUAGUUACAUAUAUACAUACUGUGGUGUCCUAAGUGCUUAGGGGCUGUUUGUAAAGUGAAGAGAAAAAAAAAAAAACCAAAAACACCAACCCCCAUCAAACUAUUAAGGUCUUUCUAUAAGUAUUCUUUUUCGUUAUAAUUCCCAAGCAUGCAGAGAUUUAUCAUAACUUGCUAAAAAGUGACAGCUGUGAGCACAUGCUGCAGCAGCCCCUUCGUUAUCAUCUCAGAAGCAGUCCAUCAAAUCCUGACAGAUGUUAAUGUCAAAAGGAGAACGUAUCCAAACGUUUGUAGUUGAAGGGCUAUGGACAUGCUGUCAAAAUUAAUUUUCUAGGAAAACCUUUAAAAAUAAGUACUACCUAUAGGCUGAAAUAUUUCCAUGUUACUUCUACAGUUGUAGACAUAGGCUUACUUGUCGAGUGGCAUGCUCCACUGACUGCCACAUCUAGUCUUGAAAAGAGGUGGUACUGACCCACAGGAAGCAGGCAGUUAUGUAUCUCUUAGUGAUGCUCUUGCAAUGUUUGCAAUGGUAAGUGCACACUAUUUUGCACACUCAGAUGUAAGCAAACCCCGAUGUUUCUGUAUUGUGUUAUCGUCUCCUAGGAUUGUAAAACUAGCUACUGGUAUGGCCAUGAGUGAUGUGGUCAUUGGUGAUGAAAAACUACUUCUGUUUUUUUCAGUUUACAAAUGCAGAACAGAGAAGCUUGCUUGAACUUGAAAGUGUAUACUCUGCCACUGCAGUCUCAAUAUGUAAUCCGUUUCUUACUGGGAAUCUAGACCAUGCUUUUUCCUUUAAACUGUCUUUUCAUCACCUUUACGUAAUCAAAUUUGACUUACAGUGGAAACCAAGAUAGUUGUUUUUGCGAAACAAUCUUUUAGUAAGACUGAGGGACCAUGUCAGCAACUAUCUUAAAUCUUCAGUUAUAGCUGGCAUUUCCACACAGACAUGCAAGACCCUGACAAAGGAAGGGGUAAUAAUAUAAGACUAUAGAAAUCUGUGUUUCAGUUUCAUCUCUUUUAUUUCUAAAGAAUAAUUACAGGUAACUUGAUCUUUUAAUGUACCAUCUCCUAUUUAUUUAUUGUUUUCUUUCUGAGGUAUUAAAAUAUCUAGACUGAAUUUUGCCAAAUGUAAGAGGGAGAAAGUUCCUGAAGACUCUGACUACUUGCUUAUUUUUGAUUGACCUUCUAUGCUUAUGUCAUUAGUGCCUCACAACGUGUUUGAUGUCCUUUAUUGAUACAAAGUGAGCCUGUGCCUUCAUUUUCUUGCCCAUUUUGGUACCAAUGUAAAUUUGUGUUAGAAAAUCUUGAAACUCUGUGAGUCUGGGAAGAAUAUAUCUGAAUCCUAUUCAAUACAUUUGCUGGAUGUGAAGAAAAAUACAGCCACAUAUUUAUAAAACAGUUGUUACCAGUA